AUGGCCGACCAAUUCUUGGCCGAGCAGCACACAUGGACACUCUUUCGGAAUUCCCAAUCUGACGAAGAGGACAGCUGGGUCAUGCUGACCCGGGAUGGCAAAAUUGUGCCCAUCCCCGGCGAGAAGAUACUGCAUACCUCACGACCACGCGUCAGCCUCGAGGUAUCAACGCCCCGUGAGCUUCAAAUCGCCGACCCGUUCUCCCUCAAAUGCGACAACGGCAUUGCCUACAUCACGAAUGAGCGGGUGAUCUUCCUUCCGGCCAGACCGAGUGAGGAUUUCAAAUCCUUCUUUACGCCUGUGCUGAACUUCUCCGACACACAUGUUCAGUCAUCAUGGAUUGGCCCCUGGAGCUGGGGUGGUACCGUGAGGCCGGUUCCGGGCGGAGGCAUCCCCAUGCAUGUUCCCCGGGUGGAGGUCAAGUUUAUAUUCAGGGACGGCGGGCACAGCGAUUUCCAAACCAAGUUUGAGUGGCUGAAAGAGCGCCUGAAUCAUGCGCAGGAAUUGGGCUUAAUACCUGCGCAGAACCUCGAGCCUCCGCCGCCGUACGAGCCCAACACGGCGGAACCAUCCUCGUCUGGGGCUUCCGGCAACACCCAGGCCGGUGCGCAGCAGCAACAACAACCACCGCAGCAGGAGCAGCAGCAACGACGGCAACAGCAACAGCAGCAACAGCAGCAACAACAGCAACAACAACAACCGCCUCAGCCUGCUCCUGACGAGCCACCCCCGGACUACGUGGAGGCGCAGACCCAGGCCAUCAGCAUACAAUACGAGGAGCGUAUGCGGGAGGAAGCCGAGCGACAGUGA